AUGUCCGACCUAGACCAGGAGUGGAAGCCCACCAAGAUUCGGCCCCAGUCGACCAUGGCACAGGCUUUCUCCAGCGCGCUGGAUAGCGCUUUCUCGCUCGACAGCGACGUGAACCACCUUUCUCAGACCGUCGAUCAGAAGGACGAAAAACUAACCCAAGAACUGGAAACUAGGAAGCAGCAGAUGAUUAUUCAGAGCCGAGAGCUUGAGGCUCUUCAGGAGCGCAUCCGUGAGGCCGAAGAGCGACUGAAGCGCUCAACUUCUGGGGCUACCCGAGGUGGACAGGUACAGGCAACCGGUAAGGAUGAGUCGUCUUGA